UUUGAUCAUUCGAAUAACAAAAGUCUCACCAGUAAAAUAAUUUUCUUGCUGAAGAGACCUUUUACUUGUCCAAUGAAAGACUGCAAGGCAAGUUACAGCAGAAAAGAUCACCUGAAUCGCCACCUCAUCCGACACCAGGGUAAAAUCUUCGAGUGUCCAUUUGAAAAUUGCAAAAGUAAAUUUUCAGUCCAAUGUAACAUGACAAGACACGUGAGGGAAAUGCAUGAUGAAGCAGAGGAUAACUCCAGUGACACAAACAAUGACAAGCAGUACACAUGUUCAGAACCCGGUUGCAGGAAAGUUUUCAAAGUUUGGGCACGGGGCAUGUUCAGCGGGCACGGCACGUGCUUCUCAACUGAUUCAAAUCUAAGACAGCACAUAAAUGCUUCCCAUCUUCAAGAAAAACCAUACAUUUGCAGCAUUUCCUGGUGUGGGAUGGCCUUUUCAUUUAAGCAUGUGAGAGAUAACCAUGAGAAAUCCGGGAAGCAUGUUUACACAGUGGUAUGAACUAUGAAUGUUGAUUGAAUUGUAUUUUGUUUGAUAUAAUCUACUCUUACGUCUAUUUUAAUCAAAUUGUGAAAUAACACGUGUAUUUGUUGGUCAUAAUAGGGAGAUUUAGUUGAAGCUGAUGA